AUGAGAAAAAUAUUUUUGUUUUUGUAAUUUUACGUUUCAUUUCCUCGAUUUUUUACGUUUUAAAUGUUGAAAUUGCGUCUAUUUAAUUGAAAUAAUUUGAACGUCGGUUGUUUUCGUAAAUUGCUAAUGAAUUUAUGGAGAGCUUUAUUGAGUCCGAUCAUCGGUGGCAUACCCAUUGGAAUAGCUUUCAUUGAUGCGGUAGGAUAUAUUGCUCGCGUUGAUGGAACUUCUAUGCAACCGUUAUUCAACCCCGAUUCGACUACUGAUUACGUAUUUUUAAAUCGUUGGUCGGUGAAGCACGACAGUAUUAGACGAGGCGACGUUAUUUCGUUGAUAUCGCCCAAAAAUCCCGAACACAAAAUUAUUAAGCGAGUUAUCGGUGUUCAAGGAGACGUUCUGAAAACUUCAUCAAAGAAAACGCCUGUCGUAACUGUACCGAAGGGAUACUGCUGGGUUGAAGGAGAUCACGUUGGUCAUUCUAUGGACUCGAAUCAUUUUGGACCAGUUUCGCUGGGAUUGGUAACAGCUAAAGCUACCGCUAUCGUCUGGCCUCCUCACAGAUGGCAGAAAGUAAAAACUGAAAUGAGAUACGAACGAUUACCUAUGAAUUUAUUACCCUUGAAGUAG